CAUUAUAGAUUAUAGAAUACCACCCGCACGCGGAGAAUAAGAAAAUGGCGGCAAAAACCGUAUUCACGUUGAAAGAAGUUAACGAGCACCGAGGAAGAGAAUCGUGCUGGAUCACCGUUGACGGGAAAGUCUACGACGUUACCAAGUACUUGGAGCAGCAUCCGGGCGGAGAUGAGGAGAUUCUAAACGAAUCGGGAACCGACGCUACAAAGGCUUUCGCGGAUGUCGGACACUCCAGUGCCGCUAAGGAGAUAUUGGCAACACUGUUGAUCGGAGAUUUGCAUCCAGAGGACAUCAAGGCAUCCGCCUGGAAGAACUACUCAGUACCUUGGGCAAAAAUCGCUGUGGUAGCUGCUGUUCCAGUAGCCGUCAUCUUGGUCGCUUCGUUUGCUCAUUUCAACCGAAAGUGAAAAGACAAGUUCAUCAUACCGCGUCAAGGCAUUCAAAGAUACUCAAUGCACUGAAGAUCGUGUCGUUUCGAACUCGCGAUAGAAUCGAAUGUUGUUUGUAAUGAUCUGCUAUAUGAAAAAAUGGCUCUCCUGCAAUCGAUAUUCAGCCAAUAAA